CCCACAAUCCUCAACCCAGAGUCGGAAGAAUAAAACCCAACCCCAACUCCACUCCACAUUUCUCAAUUUCAUCGCACGAUUACCUCUUUCCACCAUGCCCCCGCCCAAAUCCACCUUCUCCCUCCUCUUCUUCUUCCUUCUCUCCCUUUCUUCUUCUCUUCCAGUCCGCUCCGCCACUUUUCCAGCCGACGUCGCAGCCCUCCGCGCAUUCAAAUCCGCCGUCAAGCCCGCCUCCAUUGCCCCCACCUCCUGCCUCGCCACCUGGAACUUCUCCGCCGAUCCAUGCGCUGUGCCCCGGAUCACCCACUUCACCUGCGGUGUCACCUGCUCCGGGGAGCGUGUCGUUCAACUCACUCUUGAUUCUCAGGGUUAUUCCGGAGCUCUUACUACUUUCAUCUCCAAGCUCACUCAGCUCAUCACCCUUGACCUCGGCGACAACAAUUUCUACGGCCCAAUACCUUCUUCGAUUUCGUCUCUUCCCAACUUGAGGAACUUGAUCCUCCGGGUUAACUCGUUUUCCGGCCCACUUCCGCCGUCCAUAGCCACUCUCGCCUCCCUGGAAACUCUUGAUCUCUCCCGGAACUCGCUCUCCGGCACGUUGCCUAACUUGAACUCACUGACGGGAUUAACGAGGCUUGACCUGAGUUACAACAAACUCACUGGCUCACUCCCCAGGCUCCCGCCAAAUCUCAACGAAUUAGCCCUGAAGGCUAAUUCUCUGUCGGGUCCACUAACCAAGUCCUCGUUCGGCGGGUUAACUCGUCUUAUGGUGGUGGAACUCAGCGAAAACUCCUUCACCGGAAGCCUGGAAUCCUGGUUCUUCCUCCUGCCUUCUUUACAGCAAGUCAACCUAGCGAAAAACAGCCUAACAAGCGUCGCCGUCGCGAAGCCUCCUGCCAACACCAACGCCGGCGAACUGGUGGCCGUGGAUUUGAGUUACAAUAAAAUGGAAGGGUUUCUGCCGGCGAAUUUCGCCAAAUACCCAAUGCUCCGGUCAUUGGCGUUGAGUUACAACCGAUUCCGGGGACCAAUCCCGUGGCAGUACAGCAAGAAGGGAUCAUCACUUCGGAGACUGUAUCUAGACGGGAAUUACCUAAACAGGUCACCGCCAGCGGGGUUUUUCUCCGGCGAGGGGCCGGUUAGCGGUAGCCUGGGAGACAAUUGCCUGGAGAGUUGCCCGAGUUCUUCGGAGCUUUGCUUGAAACCCCAGAAACCGGCUUCGAUUUGCCAGCAAGCCUAUGGUGGGAAACCGAAGUCUUGAAUGUCAGUCAGUCAAUGUCUGCGGUUUUGUUUUAUUAUACUGAUGAUAUUUUUCGUCACGGUUAUUUUUUUUUUUUUUAUUUUGCAUUGUAAGUACAAGUAUUUAUUAUUUAUUUACUUACAAGUAGCAGUAGGACCUAAGCAUGCAUCUUGUAUUAAGAAAUAAUUAACUGUAUUUAUUUAUAUUGGCUUCCUGACAAUCACAAUCAGCAACCAGAUCCAGAUUUUAUUUCUUC